UAGCAGGAACCCACCCUUCAGUGAUGCCGACCGCAGUGUGUGUAUAUUACUGGCGAGGGAGCCGCUAGGAAGCUAGGAGGAAUUGCGGCAAGGUCGACAGCAGCAUCCUGCUCUGAAUUACAGGAAGACGGUAUUUUCGACUGACUCAAGUUUGGAGGGACGAAAAAAAAAAUUGUUUGUUCUUUUGUAUUGCGGCUGAGGAAGAAAAAGGCAAUAGGUGGCUUAAAGUAUCCAUCUUGUAGCCUCAUGUUUCGCACUAACGAGGAUUUUUGUUGCUGUUAGCGCGGUCCAUACGGCGUUCGAAGCGCAUUUUCUGCUCUUACCAAACAGCUCAAAGAACGGUACAGUUCCGCUCGUCACGGACUAAGGGCCUAACGGGUGUUCUCAUAGACGGUUUACCCGUUAGUUUGCGUGUCAUGUCGGUGUCAUCAACUCCAAAUCCGGCCCCCGCUCCGGGAGAGACCGCACCAGCGGAGAAUGAUUGUUUAGCUCCCGACGCACGGCAGAAGCCGCCCGGUCCGACGCAUAGUCAGAGUCGUUUCCAGGUGGACCUUGUGGCGGAGGCAGCUGCAGCAGUCGCCGAAAACGAGUCGCUGAGUUCCGAAGCUUCCGCCACUGUCCCAUCCAGCGAUCAGGCCGAUCCCGGCGCUCCUCCGGAAUACCCAGGGACAAGCGGCGAAGAAGCUAAAGGACGGUUUCGGGUGGUGAACUUUGCAGACCCAAGCGGCGCUGGGAGUCCGGCUUCCCCAGAUGCGGCGCCUGCCGAGGGGAUGCAGAACGGGGACACAGUGAUGAGCGAGACGAGUUUACAUUCGUCCACUGGCGGCCAGCAUCACUAUCACUAUGACACACACACCAACACCUAUUACCUGAGGACUUUUGGCCACAACACCAUCGAUGCCGUGCCCAACAUCGAUUUCUACCGCCAGACAGCCGCACCUUUGGGGGAGAAGCUGAUCAGACCCACCCUGUCGGAGUUGCACGACGAGCUGGACAAGGAACCAUUUGAAGAUGGGUUUGCGAAUGGUGAUGAGCUGACCCCAGCUGAGGAAGCUGCAGCAAAGGAAGCCGCUGAAUCUAAAGGCGUCGUCAAGUUUGGCUGGAUUAAAGGAGUUCUGGUCCGCUGUAUGUUGAACAUAUGGGGUGUGAUGCUCUUCAUCCGUAUGUCCUGGAUUGUGGGUCAGGCUGGAAUUGCUCUAUCUUGCUUGAUUGUUGCUAUGGCCACUGUUGUGACAACGAUCACUGGACUCUCCACUUCUGCCAUUGCAACCAAUGGAUUUGUUCGAGGAGGCGGAGCAUACUACUUGAUUUCAAGAAGUUUGGGGCCAGAGUUUGGAGGGUCUAUUGGUCUCAUCUUUGCCUUUGCCAAUGCAGUGGCAGUAGCCAUGUAUGUGGUGGGCUUUGCUGAAACCAUGGUGGAACUUCUUGCUGGUUUGGAUGCCAUCAUGACAGAUGCAACCAAUGAUAUUCGAAUUAUAGGCACCAUCACUGUAAUACUUCUCCUCGGCAUAUCUGUUGCAGGAAUGGAAUGGGAAGCAAAGGCGCAGAUCUUCUUGCUCUUUGUACUCAUCACUGCAAUCAUCAACUACUUCAUUGGAAGCUUUAUUCCUCUUAAAUCAAAGGAAUCUACGGGCUUCUUUGGCUAUGAUGGUUCUAUCAUGUGGGAGAACAUGGGUCCCGACUUCAGGGAACAAACAUUCUUUUCUGUCUUUGCCAUCUUCUUCCCUGCAGCGACUGGUAUUCUAGCUGGGGCCAACAUUUCGGAGACCUUGCGGUAAGACCCACAGCUGGCCAUUCCCAGAGGAACACUUCUGGCCAUAUUGAUCACUGGAAUAGUUUAUCUGGGAGUUGCUGUCUCCACAGGUUCCUGUAUUGUGAGAGAUGCCAGUGGAAAUGAUACAGUCAGUUCUCAGUUCAUGUUGAAUUGCACUGAUGCUUCCUGCAAAUUUGGCUACGAUUUCUCUGCUUGUAAGAGUCAAAAAGAUGGCUGUCCCUAUGGCCUACAUAAUGAUUUCCAGGUUAUGAGCGUGGUUUCGGGUUUCGGGCCCAUCAUUACAGCUGGAAUCUUCUCUGCCACUCUGUCCUCAGCAUUGGCGUCUUUAGUCAGUGCGCCUAAAGUAUUUCAGGCUUUAUGUAAAGACAACAUUUACCCUGGACUUGAAAUGUUUGCCAAAGGUUAUGGCAAGAACAAUGAGCCUCUCCGAGGCUACAUCCUGACCUUUGUGAUCGCUCUUGCCUUCAUCCUAAUUGCUGAGCUGAACAUCAUUGCCCCUAUCAUCUCCAACUUUUUCUUGGCCUCCUAUGCCUUGAUCAACUUUUCUGUAUUCCAUGCCUCAUUGGCUAACUCCCCAGGGUGGCGUCCCAGCUUCAAGUACUACAACAUGUGGGUUUCGCUUGCUGGAGCUGUUCUGUGCUGCGUGGUAAUGUUUGUCAUCAACUGGUGGGCUGCUCUCUUCACCAACGUCAUUGUUCUGGGACUCUAUAUUUACGUCAGCUAUAAAAAGCCCGAUGUGAACUGGGGCUCAUCGACCCAGGCUUUGACCUACCACCAGGCUCUCACCCACACGUUGCACCUCAGUGGAGUAGAAGACCACAUUAAGAAUUUCAGACCCCAGUGUCUGGUGAUGACUGGUUAUCCGAACUCCCGUCCGGCGCUAUUGGACCUGGUCCACAGCUUUACCAAGAAUGUGGGUCUGAUGAUCUGUGGUCAUGUUCGCACGGGUUAUAGAAGACCAAACUUUAAAGAUCUGGCAACAGACCAGUCCCGGUAUCAGCGAUGGCUGCUGAAGAAUGAAACAAAGGCUUUCUAUACACCAGUGUUUGCAGAAGACAUGCGGCAGGGGAGCCAGUACCUUCUUCAGGCUGCAGGCUUGGGCCGUCUAAAGCCCAACACUCUUGUGCUUGGCUUCAAAAAUGAUUGGCGAGAUGGUGACAUGAUGAAUGUGGAGACGUACAUUAGUAUGAUCCACGAUGCCUUCGACUUUCAGUACGGUGCUGUUAUUUUACGAUUAAAAGAGGGAUUGGAUGUGUCGCAUAUCCAUGGACAAGAUGAUGUGCUCUCCUCCCAAGAGAAGUCCUCUGGGAUGAAAGAUGUGAUUGUGUCUAUUGACACCAGCAAAAACUCUGAUGGGGAUUCAUCCAAGCUGUCUUCCAAAGCUACAAGCCUCCAAAACAGUCCAGCUAUACAGAAAGAUGAUGAAGAUGAUGGCAAAGCUACAUCCCAGCCCCUGUUGAAAAAAGAUAAGAAGAACAUGACCGUAUCGCUGAAUGUGUCUGACCAGAGACUGUUGGAGGCCAGCCAGCAGUUCCAGAAGAAACAAGGGAAGGGCACAGUUGAUGUCUGGUGGCUGUUUGAUGAUGGAGGUUUGACCCUUCUUAUCCCUUAUCUGUUGACCAACAAGAAGCGAUGGAAGGAUUGCAAGAUUCGUGUUUUUAUCGGUGGCAAGAUAAACAGGAUUGACCAUGACCGCCGAGCAAUGGCAACCCUGUUGAGCAAGUUCAGGAUAGACUUCUCAGACAUCACUGUGCUUGGAGAUGUAAACACCAAGCCCAAAAAUGAGCAUACUGCUGCCUUUGAGGAGAUGAUUGAGCCCUAUCGGUUGAAGGAAGAUGACAUGGAGCAAGAGGCAGCGGAGCGUUUGAAAAACAGCGAACCAUGGAGGAUCACAGACAAUGAGCUGGAGCUUUAUCGUGCCAAGACUAAUCGUCAGAUCAGACUCAACGAGCUACUGAAGGAGCACUCCGACACAGCCAACCUUAUUGUCAUGAGCCUGCCAUUGGCCAGGAAGGGUGCAGUGUCAAGUGCUCUGUACAUGGCCUGGCUGGAGGUGUUGUCGAAGGACCUGCCGCCCAUCCUUCUGGUGCGCGGCAACCACCAGAGUGUCCUAACCUUCUAUUCUUAAAAAAAAAAAACUAGAAACAAGUCUCACAUCCAUCGAAUGUGUCUGUUAGCAGACCACUAUAUACUGUAAGUGUGUGUAUAUAUAUAUAUAUAUAUAUAUAUAUAUAUAUAUAUAUAUAUAUAUAUCCAAACGCAACUAUAAACUGUGCACGUAUGUUUUUAAGAAAUUACCUAAGAAAAAAUAAAUAAAAGUCACGUAUUCAAUGCAGAUCGGAUUGAGAUGAGGACAAAAUACGGAUAAUUCAAUUGAUGUGGGUGUAGCGUGCUUUUUUUCAAAUGUACCUGCGCUCUUCUUCUCUUUUUUUGUUUUGUUCAGGAAAUGUCAUGUAUCUCCAAUCGGACUCUCACCUGGAAAUGUCGGUUUCUCAAAAAAACGGUUUAAUAAUGUCAAACUUUGAAAAGAGUUUUUGCACCAUCUUUCACCUUGUUGUGACAUGGAACGGUCACGCUCAUUACAUUUACUGGAGCCGUUUAAAUGUUUGUGAAGCCUCAAUAAUCAACUUGCUGCUUUCCUUCAAUAUUUGGAGAGAAGCAUCUAGAAUGCUUUGCAACACCUUUUUUAAAGCCUUAUGGAUGUGCCUUCCAGUCGAAUCAGAUAUUAAUCUCUAGUUAGAUAACAAUAUUGUAAUAUUGGGUAAUAGUAAGUUUGAACAUUUUUUUUUUUUGAUUCCUUAGUGGAGUGAAUUGCAUGCGUUAAUUGAAGGUGUCCCUUUAAUAGUAUAAUAACUUUCGACCCGUUCUUCCCCCUUUGUUGUUUUGGGCUGUUGUGUUUUUCUUGCCAUUAACUUUCGAGUCUUCCUUUUUAAAGAUGUUAAUAUUUCUAAUGCCUCAACUACUCUGCAACAGACACCAUUUGCUUUCAGGCAAAGUGCCUAAAGCAUAUACGGAUUGGUCUGGAAUUCAAGAUUUUAUUUGUGGAUGUAGGUUUCCAUUAGCUACUGUAUGUCAUGUUAAAAAAAAAAACAAUAGUAGCUGUCGUAGCUCAUGUAGCUGCACGUUAACUAAAUGGUUUCAUUCAACAAAUGUAUCUUAUCUCGCAUUGUUCUUCCCCAGGACACGAACGCCACUCUCCAACAAGCUCGUAAACUUUGCCUUAAUACCAGAACGAACGAGUCAGGUUUUGGUACGCCAUACUGGAUAGGUCACAUCCUUGUUUUCAAUAUUUUUCAAUACCACAUCUAUGUAUAUGUAUCUAAGUAAUCACCGUCCACCCUUAUAGGUCUCUUAUAUCUCUAAAUGUAGCCCAGCUCUGCUAGUAGCUGGUUCUGUGGGUACUCCAUAUAUAACACAUCCAGCAUUAGUGCCACAGUACACUUUAGAUUUACUCAAGUACUCAGGCCCCUCACCCUGCCUUUAUUACCUUGUUUUCCAUCAGGAUGUAUGAUGAACUGCUGUUCUUAUCUAAAAGUGACCUUGUUACGAACUUGGAAGGCAUGCAGUUCUGAAUAAUGUGACAUUAGAAUGAGUCAGUUCUGAGUAAACGUUAUACCUCUAUGCAUUUCAGUUGGUGUCACACAUGUAAUAAAAGUCCAUCUCUCAAUUUGAAA